ACUUUCAGCUUAAGCGGCAUUUUUUUUUUCCUCCCAGAGUUUCUUGACUCUCUUACUGGCAAUCCCCAUCCUCCCGUGUCUUACCCCCAGCAAUGGCGGAUUCCCCUUUCCAGGCCGCAGACCAAUGCCCGAGGACGUGAAGGCCAUCCGCUAAACUCUCGCCGCGGUGGCGGACCCACAAGUCGGCCACGGAGCUCGCCCCCAAGCGAUGGAAUGGCCGUGCCCUGUGCACAGUGCGUCAGUGACGUACCACGAACAGGAACAAGCUGCUGGCUUGCGAAGCAAAAAUGCCCACCCUUUUCUCCUCCCAAAGCAAGCGCCCACGGCGAGGAGAGGGCGCCGAUGUGUAAUCUGCAAUCCACGCACACAUGCAAAGGGCAUCCAAAGUCAAACGCGCAAUGCAUUGAGCACGCGCCCUUCUGCCGAUGCGUCAGGAAACACCAUUUCUCAUGUGGACGGUGAACACCGAGCUGAUCGACGCGCGCAGCAGCUAGCCGAUCGUUGUCUCCGAUCGCCGGCACCAUCCGCCAGGUGGGCAGGUGGCCAUGUACGCGGCCAAGCACCGGGGCCACUCGUCGCAGCAUCAGCAGCAGCACGUCGACGAGGCGGUGAUGGGCGGCGUCGCGAACGGGCACGGGCACCGGCCAGCGGCGCAACGGCCGGCGCCCCGGCGCGCCAAGCUCAAGAUCCUGCUCGUCGUCAUCGCCACCAACCUCGUCUCCGUCUACCUCUUCUCCGGGGCGUCGCUGUCCGUGCACCUCCCGGCGUCGGCGCCGCGGAUCCACCUGUGGGACUCGGCCGCGCUGCUGCGGGACCUUAACGCCACGCGCGCCGCGCUCGCGGGCGCCCGCGCGGAGCUCGCGGCGCUGCGGGAGCAGUGCAACGCGUCGUCGCACCUCCUCGAGUCCGUGCUCGCGGGCCUCGGCGCCGUGCACGGGGACGCGCCGGAGGCCCGGGACUUCGGCGGGUGGCCCGAGGAGCCCACGGGCGAGCUCAAGCUCGCCAUCGAGCCCCACAGGCUGCCGCUCGGCUUCCACGCCAACUUCGGCACGGACGAGCUCUUCCCGGGGCUGGGCUUCGCCUGCCGCAACUUCCAGGAGGAGCUGGCGCAGUACAUGGCGUACGACGCCGGCGCCGAGUGCCCCGACGACGACGCCCUCGCGCUGCAGCUGGCGCUCAAGGGGUGCGAGCCGCUGCCCCGCCGGCGCUGCCGGGCGAGGUCGCCGGCGGGGUACGUGGAGCCGGCGCCGCUGCCGCGGAGCCUGUGGUCCGUCCCGCCGGACACCACCGUGCGCUGGGCGCCGUACACGUGCAAGAACUACACCUGCCUCGUGCAGCGCGCGCGCGCCCGGGGCGGUGCCUACUUCUGCAAGGACUGCUUCGACCUGGAGGGGAAGGAGCGGCGGCGGUGGCAGGCCGACAACGGCGGGCCGGGGUUCAGCAUCGACAGCGUGCUGCGGGCCCGGGCGCCCGGCACGGUGCGGAUCGGGCUGGACAUCGGCGGCGGCACGGGCACGUUCGCGGCGCGGAUGCGGGAGCGGAGCGUGACGGUGGUGACCACGACGCUGGACCUGGACGCGCCCUUCAACGGGUUCGUGGCGUCGCGCGGGCUGGUGCCGCUGCAGAUCACGCUCAUGCAGCGGCUGCCCUUCGCCGACGGCGUGCUGGACAUCGUGCACUCGAUGAACGCGCUAAGCAACUGGGUGCCCGACGCCGUGCUCGAGGCCGCGCUCUUCGACAUCUACCGGGUGCUCCGGCCCGGCGGCGUCUUCUGGCUGGACCACUUCUUCUGCCUGGGCCCGCAGCUCAACGCCACCUACGUGCCCAUCUUCGACCGCGUCGGCUUCCGGCGGCUCCGGUGGAAGGCCGGACGGAAGCUCGACCUGGGCGCCGAAAGGAACGAGUGGUACGUGUCGGCGCUGCUCGAGAAGCCCAUGACUUGAAUCUACCGUGUGUUCUUCCCUUCAUUUGCUGCUACUCUUUGGAUUUUCAUGACACAUUGACACCUAAGAGAAAGAAUUAGCAUUGUAGGGACAAAAUGGUGAGGCUGUAACAAGAGUUAUAGACAGUUUUUGAACAUUUUUUCAUGAAAUAAUUCAGUGAAAUUGUCCCCAAA